CACCUGACGACCAGACAGCCCUCCUCCUGUGCGCUUCUCUGACAAACAAGGGAGAGCGCUGCGUCACUCCAAAAGAGGACCAGACCUGUGCACUGAAGCUCUUUUCGCUUCUGCCACAGACGAAGCCUAUUCACCAUGGGGAGGAUUGGCAAGGAGGUGGCAGGUCAGGUCAUAAGCUUCAUAGGCCUGGUUGGGGUUGCGGUGACCUGUGGGAUCCCCAUGUGGAGAGUGACCACCUUCAUUGGAGCCAACAUCGUGACGGGCCAGAACAUUUGGGACGGCCUGUGGAUGAAAUGCGUAAUGCAGAGCACCGGGCAGAUGCAGUGCACGCUGAACGACUCUGUAAUGAGUCUGUCCAGCGACCUGCAAGCCGGCCGAGCCCUGGUCAUUAUCUCCCUCAUCUUCGGCUUCAUCGGCUUCAUAAUCACCUUCAUCGGAGCCAAGUGCACCAGCUGCCUGGACAAGGAUUCCUCAAAGGCCAAGGUGGUGAUCAUAGGCGGCUGUCUCAUCAUUGUUUCCGCCGUCCUCAUCCUGAUCCCCGUCUGCUGGUCCGCGGCCAUCACCAUCGCAGACUUCCAGAACCCCUUGAUCAUUAGUUCACAGAAGAGGGAGCUUGGAGCGUCCAUCUACAUUGGCUGGGCAUCUGCUGCUAUUCUUCUGAUCGGCGGGAUCACCCUUACCACGUCCUGCCCUCCUCAGAAGGACAUGUAUGGAUACCCAGGCUACCCACCAGCACCGAUGUACCCUUACGCAGGCCCAGGGAUAAACCCAGCAGCGUAUGGCCCAGUGUAUGCGCCCGCUUCCAGCCAACCGUACACAGGUACUGGGACAUACAUAUCUAGCAAACCGUAUGCAGUACCAACCGCAUACUCUGCCAGACAAUACCUCUAAACCCUGACAGGACAGAAGGAGGAUAAAGACUGACAUUUUUGCCAGGAUGACUGCAAAUUGUGAUGCCCUUAUAAAGUAAAAAAACAUCAAAAUACACAUUGUAUUUUUAGAGGAUGAUGUCAGACUAAUAUUGUGUCAACACGGCUGUGUGCACUGAAAGGUGCAUUGCUUUUCACUGUUUCCAUAUAUCGCUGUCCAUAUAUUUAUUGUAUUAGCGUGCAGAUGUUCUCUG